AUGACCCUGCGUCUCACAUCCGCUCCGGUAUCAGGUGUCAAGAAACGCAAAGCCUCUGCUCCCAAACCCCGCCCCUCGCCUUUUGCUGCCCACGUACGCCGCAAACUUACAUCUGGCGGCCUCAAUCCGACUGGCCUAAAACCGACUGCAGAUCCAGGCUUUGAUGAUCCGCUUCCAGAUGUAGGCGGAUCUCAUUUCAUAGCAGAGACAGCACCGGCGCAGAAUGUCCUGCAGGCUAUUCAAUACAUCCGUGAUGGCAUGUUCGAAGAACUUCCGAUACGGGCCGGGAUGAACAGCACGCGCAUCGCAGAAGUUCUCAAUCUGCGCCGAUCUUUGCCUCCACUCGCUUCUGUGGCCCAUAUCCAUACCCUUCUGGAGGCACCAACACAGGUGGAAAGGGAGAUCGUCGAACAGAUACAGACAGGUCGGAUUCGGCGACUCAUUAUACCGGGUCGAGGCAAUGAUGCGGCCGGGCUAGGCGACUGUUUGGUGCUAGCAGAGGAUUGGGACAAGCUGGUGCAGGAAAGCCCUGCAUUGGAACAACCACUCAAGGAGAAAUUCCUUGAUAUUUUGAAGCGCAUUGGGACCUCCUUGGCGAUAUCGCAGGGGGUCUUCACGACGGAUGAGUACAGGGCCUUGCUCCGCGCCGGUUUUAUUGUCUCCUCGUCAUCUUAUACACAGGGCACAUUAAGUAUUGCAUCACUUCCAAAUCUACCUCAAAUGGCGACUUCAUCAGCAAGUCGAAGCGAGUCUAUCUCGCACUCUGAGCGACCCGUGCAGUCAGCCGCUCAGGCUCGUGCGGCAACUCUGUUUUUGUCUCUUCCUAACACUGGAACAUAUCUCCGCUUGUUGGGAUCGGGUCGUGCACAUCUACUCGCUCUUCUCCGGCGGUCCGCUUCUGGUGAAGCCCCUCUGAGUCUGUUGAAAGAUCGAUGGGAUGGAGCUAUUGAGACCGAUAAGAGUUUCCAUGUAGCGAAGCGAGCCCGUGGCGAGUUUGCCGGGAUUCUGCCUGGUAAGACUAGGAAAUGGAAAGAGCUGUAUGGGAUGCAUUUUCGAUGGGUGCUAGAAGAAGCACUAGGCGCGGGACUUGUGGAGAUUUUUGAGACUGGCAGCGUCGGACCUGGGAUCCGCUGUCUAUAG